CAUCACCUGACGGCGCAGCAGCCUGGGGGUGGCAGGCCCGACCACUGGGUCCCUGCAGGUCCCUGGCACUCUGUCUGCCCGGAACCUGGGAGCAGGAACCUUGCCCAGGCAGUUCCGAGCAUGUCCGCCUGUGGUUUCUCUGGUUCUUCGCCAGGGGAGGAAAGCAGAGCUGUGCGGGCCAGCGCUAAUUUACAGUGUCGUCGAAGCAUGAAAGCGCUUCCUUCCUUCACCAGAAUAUUACUGAAGUAGGAAACUGACUUGAGAGCGGACGGCAGUGAUACAUAUUUUUGAAAAUCGAAAUGAUAAAGACAGUUUCAGUUUUUUUUUGUUUGUUUGUUUUGGUUCCUCAUUAGCAGCAGGAGGAGGGCAGCAGGGCCUUCAGGGUGCGAGGACGCUGGUGGUCUGUUUUCUGUCCCUUCUCGAGGCCUGUGUGCUCUGCUGCCUGUUAGCCGAGCCUCGUCCCCACAGCUCUGAAGCAGCCUUAGGUUAUGCUGUCAGCUGGACCCUGAUAAAGUGCUCUGGAAUGCCCCCAGUUCAAGCAGGUGGUGAGCCUGCACUUGGUUGUCUGAGCUACACGGCACCUGGCCUGGCCGAGAGGGAGACAUGGUGGGGCGUCCGCUGUGGUCAGGACCCUGGAGCUGCUCGGGGGUGGCUCUGCUGGCUCUGAUCGCUCCUGCUGCUGUAGUCAAGGCACACAAAUCUGGAUGACUUAGUGUCACUGUGUCCUGCUGUCAUCCGGGCCACUGCUUGGCUUUGAGGGUCGGCGCACCAUGUCAGUCAGCGUCCACGAGACCCGCAAGUCGCGGAGCAGCACGGGGUCCAUGAACAUCACCCUCUUCCACAAGGCCUCCCACCCCGACUGCGUGCUGGCCCACCUCAACACACUGCGCAAGCACCGCAUGUUCACCGACGUCACGCUCUGGGCGGGCGACCGCGCCUUCCCCUGCCACCGUGCCGUGCUGGCCGCUUCUAGCCGCUACUUUGAGGCCAUGUUCAGCCAUGGCCUGCGGGAGAGCCGGGACGACACGGUCAAUUUCCAGGACAACCUGCACCCCGAGGUGCUGGAGCUGCUGCUGGACUUCGCCUACUCCUCGCGCAUCGUCAUCAACGAGGAGAACGCCGAGUCGCUGCUGGAGGCCGGCGACAUGCUGCAGUUCCACGACGUGCGGGACGCGGCAGCCGACUUCCUGGAGAAGAACCUCUUCCCCUCCAACUGCCUGGGCAUGAUGCUGCUGUCGGACGCGCACCAGUGCCGCCGGCUCUACGAGUUCUCCUGGCGCAUGUGCCUGGUGCACUUUGAGACGGUGCGGCAGAGCGAGGACUUCAACAGCCUGUCCAAGGACACGCUGCUGGACCUCAUCUCGAGCGAUGAGCUGGAGACCGAGGACGAGAGAGUGGUCUUCGAGGCCGUGCUCCAGUGGGUGCGGCAUGACCUGGAGCAGCGGAAGGCCCACCUGCCCGAGCUGCUGCGCAGUGUGCGGCUGGCCCUGCUGCCCUCCGACUGCCUGAGGGAGGCCGUCUCCGGCGAGGCCCUCCUCAUGGCCGAUGAGCGCACCAAGCUCAUCGUUGACGAGGCCCUCUGCUGCAAGACCAGGAUCCUGCAGAACGACGGGGUGGUCACCAGCCCCUGCGCCCGGCCGCGCAAGGCGGGCCACACGCUCCUCAUCCUGGGCGGUCAGACGUUCAUGUGCGACAAGAUCUACCAGGUGGACCACAAGGCCAAGGAGAUCAUCCCAAAGGCAGACCUGCCCAGCCCCCGGAAGGAGUUCAGCGCCUCGGCCAUUGGCUGCAAGGUCUACGUGACCGGGGGCAGGGGCUCCGAGAACGGCGUCUCCAAGGACGUCUGGGUGUACGACACCGUCCAUGAGGAGUGGGCCAAGGCGGCGCCCAUGCUCAUCGCCCGCUUCGGCCACGGCUCGGCCGAGCUGGAGAACUGCCUGUACGUGGUGGGUGGGCACACCUCCCUGGCGGGCGUCUUUCCGGCCUCCCCUUCUGUCUCCCUGAAGCAGGUCGAGAAGUAUGACCCUGGGGCCAACAAGUGGACGAUGGUGGCCCCCUUGAGGGAUGGCGUCAGCAAUGCCGCGGUGGUGAGCGCCAAGCUGAAGCUCUUUGUGUUCGGAGGGACCAGCAUCCACCGGGACAUGGUGUCCAAAGUGCAGUGCUACGACCCCUCGGAGAACCGGUGGACCAUUAAGGCCGAGUGCCCUCAGCCUUGGCGGUACACAGCCGCCGCCGUCCUGGGCAGCCAGAUCUUCAUCAUGGGCGGCGACACAGAGUUCACGGCCGCCUCGGCCUACCGCUUUGACUGCGAGACCAACCAGUGGACACGGAUCGGGGACAUGACUGCCAAGCGCAUGUCUUGCCAUGCCUUGGCUUCAGGCAACAAACUGUACGUGGUAGGUGGCUACUUCGGGACCCAGAGGUGUAAGACCCUGGACUGCUACGACCCCACUUCGGACACGUGGAACUGCAUCACCACAGUGCCCUACUCCCUCAUCCCCACGGCCUUUGUCAGCACCUGGAAGCACCUGCCCGCCUGAGGAGGACCGGGAGCCCAGCCAGACUGAGCGUCCCUCCCUCCUGCGGCCGCAGCCCUCACUGUCGCUGAGGGGCCUGGA